AUGAUAAAAUCGGCCGUCAACUUGUUAUGCCGUGAGGCCUUCAAGGCACUGGACACCGCAGUUCUGAACACCUGCCCCGGCUGGCAGAACCAGAACCCCAAGUGUCGCCAAGUUCCAGGUGCAACAGAGCCUUACCCUCAAUGCACCAUUGCCUCGAGGGAAACUUUCCAACCACCCAAGACCCUCUUCGACUGCGCCUAUACGACAUUCCAACAGGUGAUCCUUUCAAUUCGAAGCCAGCGAGCGUGGCUAUCUUCCAGAAGAACGAGUAUGGUACGUCAAGCCAGUGGCUCAGGUCAUCCUGCUGCCAGUGGCUCAGGUCAUCCUGGUGCCAGUAGCUCAGGCUAUCCUGGUGCCAGUAGCUCAGGCCAUCCUGGUGCCAGUAGCUCAGGCCAUCCUGGUUUCAGUAGUUCAGGUUAUCCUGGUACCAGUGGUUCAGGCCAUCCUGGUGCCUGUGGCUCAGGUUUUGUUACCACUGGCUCAGGCCGUGGAAGCCCGCCUCGUGCCGAGCUAAUUUCACUUCCAUCGACUCCUCAAUUUAAUCCAGCCAAUAAAGAUCCCUCACUAAUCGACGAUCCAGAAUAUCGUGUGGAGGAUUUCUCUGCAACUCCGGCGCCUCGCGGAACGAUAGAAUUCCUGCCGCCUCAUCGAUCUCCUCCUCGUUAUUCCGGUGCCGGUGACACUGGUUCUCCACCAGCGAUCCGUACAAGCCCGCUUCGCCCCGAGCUAGUUUCACUUCCGACGACUCCUCAAUUUAAUCCAGCCAAUAAGGAUCCAUCACUAAUCGACGAUCCGAACUAUCGUGUGGAAGAUUUCUCUGAAAUUCCUCAUCGCGAGAGAGCAUGCAUACCGCCUCCUCGAUCUCAACCUCAAUCUCCUCCUCAAUCUCCUCCUCGAUCUCAACCUCAAUCUGAUCUUCGAUAUCCUCCUGGAUUUCCUCCUCGAUCUCAACCACAAUCUGAUCCUCUAUAUCCUCCUGGAUUUCCUCCUCAAUCUCAACCUCGACCUCAACCUCGAUCUCAACCUCGAUCUCCUCCUCGAUCUCAACCUCGAUCUCCUCCUCGAUCUCAACCUCGAUCUCCUCCUCGAUCUCCUCCUCCUCAUUUUGCUGCCCGUGGCAAGGGUCCUGCCAGCGCGAGCGGCUCAGGCUGUGCAAGUCCACCCCGUCCGGAGCAAAUUUUCCUUCCUCCGACUCCUCCAUUUAAUCCAGCUCAUACGGAUCCAUCUCUGAUCGAGGAUCCGGACUUCGGUGUGGAUGAUAUCUCUUGUGUGGAUCCGGACUCCCGCGGGAAGGCACCAUACGUCUCGCCUCGACGAUCUCCUCAAUCUCCUCGAGCCCGUGCAGGUUCCCCAGUCUCGCAUCCUGUGUUCAGUGGAGGGGCGUUCACCGGCUUCGAGUUUUCACUGCCUCCAACUCCAGAGGAGCCAUCGGGCCCGGUGGAUAGCGCACUCCUAAUGGAUGAAGAUUUCAGCGUGGCGGAUUUUGAGCCUGCAGAGAAUCAACCCGACGCCCUCGCUGGUAAGUAG